CCUUUGUCAAGUAGUAAGACAUCUUUAGCUUUUAAUUUACAAGCUUCUUCUAUCUGUUCUAUACAACAAGAAUAUACUUUACCCAAACCUGAAAUAUUGUCUACUAAUAAUAUAGAAAAUGAUACAUUGAUUAAUUUUGAUAUAUCAGAUAUGAAUGAAAACAAAUAUCAAAAUAAUGAAUUUAAUGAUCAAGAAAAGCUUAAAAUUAUUCCUACUAAGAUCGCAACCAUCUAUUACUUAUCAAAAUAG